AUUAUUGCUAAACUAAUUAAACUUAAAGCACAUCUUGCAUAUAAAUACAAAAAAGUUAAUUCAAAUAUUAGAAUUAAAGUUUUAAUAUUAUUAACAAGCAAUUGUAUUGAAUUAGAUAAUAAUAUAGCCUUAACAUCAACUACAAAAACAAAUAAAAAAUAUAGAUUAGAAAGUAGUAUUAGUAUAGAUAAUAAUUAUGAAAAUGUUUCUACUUCACCAAGCAAAGAAAAUCAAAUUAAUAAAAUAGUACUAAAAAUAGUUAUAGACAGAUCCUAUAGGCCAAUUAAUGGUAUUCAAAAAAAUUAUUCUAAUAUUCCUCAUCAUAUUAGUAUAUUUCUUGAAAAAGAAAUUAUUACAAUUGUUGAAGAUAUUGGCCCUGAAAAAAUAGCUGCUAUUAUAACAAAUAACGAGUCAAAUAUUU